AUGGGCGUCGGCUUCACAGUGCGCUGUGCGGUCUUCGCCACUGUCGGCUCUUUGAUCUAUGGCUACGAUAGCGGGAUCAUCAGCACAACCCUCGGACAAGCUGCAUUCCCGACCUACUUCAACAAUCCUUCACCAGAUCUGACAGGAGCAAUCGUUUCGACCUACAGUGGCGGACAAGGUGUCGGCAACUUGCUGGGCGGAUGGCUGGGCGACCUUCUCGGUCGCAAAUUGACCAUAUGGCUUGCGACUUCGCUGGCGUUAAUCGGAGCUGUGCUGCAGACGGCGGCGGUCAACAUUGAGAUGUUUCUGGUCGGUCGAAUCAUCGCUGGAGUCGCCAUCGGACUCGUCUAUUCCGUCGCCAGCAUCUACAAUGCAGAAAUCGCCCCGCCGAAGAUUCGGGGAAUCAUUGUAGGCCUUCAAACUCAGAUGAUCUCAAUCGGCUAUGCUUCGAGCAACUGGAUGGGUCUCUUUGGGUCAUAUGCGGAAGGCGAUGCUGCCUGGCGGAUCCCUCUCGGCAUACAGUGCGUUCCAGCCGUCGUUCUAAUUAUUGGCCUGUUCUGGCUGCCCGAAUCGCCGAGAUGGUACGUAUACAAGGGCAAAGACGAAAAGGCCAGGAAAGUCAUUCAGCGACUACACGCCGACAUCGCCAAGGAAGACCCUGGGUUCUGUGACACGGAGUAUAUGCAGAUGAAGCAGCAGAUAGAGUACGAGCGAGAAGUGGCAAUCAAGUCAUGGUGGUCGUUGUUCUCGAAAACAAGCUAUCGCUAUCGUCUAAUACUCGGAAUCGGCCUUCAGGUCUUCCUGCAGACGACUGGUGUGAACGUGGUUAAUUACUAUCAAACGUCACUUUUUGAAGGCGUUGGGAUUCAAGGCCGUGCAGUGCUCUGGACCUCCGCUGGCUUCGGGAUGGUCGGUGUCAUCGCGAACGCCAUCUGUCUGACGUUUGUCGACAAAGUUGGACGCAAGAAGCCUCUAGCUUACACCUCCAUCGCCCUUGUGAUUGACAUGAUCCUCAUCAUGGUCUUCUCGAAGUACUACUCGAACAGCAACAAUAAAGUUGGACAAGGCUUCGCGAUUGCCUGGAUCUUCUUGUUCUCUUUCAUCUUCUCACUCGGAUAUAAUGCCUUACAGCUCGUCUACAUCAGCGAGAUCUUCCCCACAGCUCUUCGUUCGAGAGCUACUGCCAUCUGCGCCUUCUUCGGCACCGCGACAGGCCUGCUGUUCAACCAGCUCUCCCCCAAAGCAUUCGCCGCGAUCUCGUGGCGCUACUACUCUGUUUUCAUCGCUUGUGAUGCAGUGGCCGCUUUUUGCUUCUUCAUAUUCUAUCCAGAGACGAAGGGAAAGACGCUUGAGGAGAUGGCGGCUUUGUUUGGAGACGAUCUAGCAUUCACGGAUCAUUUGGGGCCAAAGGAAGGUGAUGCGGACCUAAGUCUCCACAAGCACGCGGUUGAAGGCAAGCACGACGCGGGACUAGAGCCAGGUAUCAGCGAGAAAGAGCAGAGUCCUAGCAAGAGCCAUGGAGAAGUAGGCAGGAGCAUUGCAACUCCACGCGAAGGCGAAUGA